AUCGUUUCUCUUUCUGCUGAGGAGGAAUCUGUGAAGCUCCGGUCUCAGUGUGAUGGAGACGCUGUAGUAAAGCCACAAACAGUCUGCUGAUGACUUCACAGCCACCUGACAGGCCAAAAUAACCAGCGCCAGAGCAUCUCAGUCUGAGCAGAGGGAUUGUAGGGUUUUGUCUUACCCAAAGUGUGUCUGGCUAAGUAAUGUAAUUUGCCACCCAGACUGGCUCGAUUUGGGGAACUCCAGGCUACUGCCAGUCUUGUUUAGCUCUGGCAUAAAGCCGCAUAAGCUUCCCCCAGAGGGAGGUUGUCGACUUUCCCUCCAGAGCUAGAGGCAGACCACUGAAAAGGAGCUGUAACACUGGAUGAAGACCCUGACUUGAGGAGGCGAACAGGACUUGGCUCCAGUUUGUGAAGGCUGCAGGCUGCUUGGACCAUUCUCACAUACCUUAGAGACUUGGAUUUGACCAGCUGACAGCCGGUUUGUUUUGUUGGACAUGUGGAUGCUGCUGACAGGGUUUUUGUGCCCGUUUUGGAAAACCAUCUUGUUGUGAGACUUGUAGCUCAGGGGGAAGGAGCCCAGCCAUGGAGGGGCUCGAGCAGCUCGACAUGGUGGGCGAUAUCAGCCCGGCUCUCGAGGCCACCGAGGACUUCAUCCACUGCAUGGAUGGGAUACAAGGUCCGAGCCAAGCUCAAACAGGGACCCUCCAGCCUUCCAGGCAGCCUAAGCAGCUGCAGGAGGUGUCCAGUGCCGCGCUUGGGAAGCUGAGCUCCAGCGGCGUGUGGGGCCUGCUGGCUAGAGAGCAGCCGGAGGUGGGGCCCCUAGGCCUGGCCUGGGCUGACAACUUCAGCGUGUUGGGGCUGGGGAUGGGCUUGAGGCACGGCAAGAGAAGCCGAGCGCGCUCCACCAACGACCUGGCAGCCCAUAGCAAGGAGUGCACCAACAACGCUGCCAACUCCUCGUCCAACUCAGCCUUCAAGAAGGGACACAAUCGCUCCAGGUCAGACGUCAACUACCGGCCGUCUGCGUACACGGACAAUGGACUGCCCACUGUGGACUGCAACACUCUGAAGAACAUGAUCCUCAACCACCAGCCAGAGGCUGAUAAAAGCAGCAGUAGCAGUGUGGUGAAGCAGGGUGAGAUGGAGCAGCGCGAGGGGCCCCGGGGCCGCUGGACGCCUUGCCAUGUCGAGCUGACACCCUGUGAGCUCCGGCUGUACACUCUGGACAGCAGCGCCAACCGCCAGCUGGGCACCGCCUACUCUCUGUCACACUGCCAGAGCGUCAUCUCACCAGCACCCUGCAGCCAGCCCGGCCAAAUCACCCAGCCCGCCGAUCAACGCACGCUGCAGGCUUUGUUCUUCAACAGCACGCGUCUCCAGCUGAGGGCAGCCAGCCAAUGGGAGGCCGUGGAGUGGAGACGGUUGAUUUUGGAGAAGGUGCAGGCAGCCAGACCCACGAGGAAGGAGAACCACCAGCGUAAGACCGGAGCAGAAAAGCAACAGAUUGUCAAGUUCCCUGCACCCAUGUCACCCUCCUCGUCUCCCUCUCCGUCUGGGCUCGACACCAGGCCUGAUGGUGACAGCGACACCCCCACCUCAGCGGAGGCAUCACUCUCUCUGCAGUCUAAUUCUGGCGUCCUGAGCAGACCCACCACCCUGCCUCUGUUCACCCAACGCUACCAGGAUAUCCUCAAAGCUGGUCUGCUCCACCAGCUGGUGGAUCAGAACAACUGGCGGGCCUUCACCUUCGUCCUGACCAGAUCUGCUCUCCGGGCCUUCCCCACUGAGGGCCGUGGGUCUGUGUCCCAGCCUGUGCUCCAGUACUCCAUGGCCUCCUGCUCGGCCGUGCAGCAUGAUCAGGAGCCAGAGAACGGAGAGACGUGGACUGACAGAGGGGACUGCUUCCAGAUCGUUUUCCCCAAAGAUGUGCUUCGACUUCGGGCGGACGACCAGCUCAAGGCCCAGGAAUGGAUGGAUGCCCUGCGGGAGGUGGUCGGAGCGCAGAGGCCUGCCCAAGAAGAAGGAGGAGAGUCGGGAGAAGGAGCUCCAGCCCUCCAGGGAGUGCUGUUGAGAUCAAAACCAUCCAGGGAGAGGAGACAGCGGGAGGCCCAGAAAGCCAAGAGGCAGUCAGUCACCACCAGUUUCCUCAGUAUUCUCACCUGUCUGGCCGUGGAGAAGGGGCUGACUGCUCAGAGCUUCAGAUGUGCAGGUUGUCAGCGUCCCGUCGGUCUCUCCAGAGGAAAAGCAAAGGUCUGCUACUACAGCGGCUGGUACUACUGCACAAGCUGCCAUCAGGACAACUCCUUCCUCAUCCCAGCACGUCUACUGCACAACUGGGACACCAGCAAGCACAAGGUAUCGAAACAGGCCAAGGAGUUCCUGGAGUUUGUGUAUGAGGAGCCUCUGCUGGACAUCCAGCAGCUCAACCCUUGUUUGUAUGAGCACUGUGAGCCUCUCAGCACCGUGCUGCGCCUCCGUCAGCAGCUCCAGUCACUGCGGGCCUACCUGUUCAGCUGCAGAGCAACCAUCGCCGAGGACCUCAGACGAAGGAUCUUCCCCAGGGAAUACCUGCUACAGCACAUUCACCUGUACUCCAUGGCAGACCUGCAGCAGGUGAUUGAUGGAAAACUGGCUCCCUUUCUGUCCAAGGUGAUCAAGUUUGCCAGCUCCCAUGUUUUCAGCUGUAGUUUGUGUCGAGAGAAAGGUUUCAUUUGUGAGCUCUGCCAGAAUGGACAGGUCAUCUACCCCUUCCAGGAGAGCGCCACCAAGAGGUGUGAUGGCUGCGGCGCUGUGUUCCACACCGAGUGUCGUCAGAAAGCUCAGCCGUGUCCUCGCUGCGUUCGCCGAGAGCUCCACCACAAGAGGCCGUCCUCCUUCUGGUCACCUGACGACGACAGCCCCGGGUGCUUUCACCUGCCGUUCCAGGACACCUGAGAGUCAGAAACACAAACGCAGUAACAGUCAGGGUGCUGCCCGGCCAUGACGCUGGACAAAGUGCCUGUUCUUCUGAUUCAUGUGUGUCUACGGGACAAAUUCUUUGACGGAGCUUGAAGCGUCGUCAGGUUUGUGUUCAUGUGUGUGUACCUACUAACACACACACACCUAAGCAAAGCCCUCUUUGUCCUUCUGUAAAGAGCAGGGAGAAAACCAACUGAAAAACUGCUGCACCGGACUGAACCACCUGUAUUUUGUAGUCAAACAUCACACGUCAAGGUCGUCCUCCGCCAUCUUCAUCCUUUUACCACCUCACUACCUUCACUUAUUCCACAUCACAGCUGAUGAACUGGAGACAUUCAGACCUAAUUCUUACCAACGUCUUCCGGCACAAGUUUAGUGAUGAAAUGAAUUUUCAGCCUCUCAAAUGUGAAGAUCUGCUGUUUUUCUUUUGUUCUUUAACCUGUUGGUCAAACAAUUAGGUAAACUGAAAAAAUCUCUUUGCCUUUGGGAACAGGUGAUGAAGUUCUUUGUCUUUGUUUACAGACUAAAUGAUUGAUUAAAAAAAACAACUGACUAAUCUAUGAUGCAGCCCAGCUCAUGUUAAAGUUACUCCACCCAGAAGUGCUUCAGUGUAUGACCCUGACGCACUGUAGCAUCUAAACAUGGCUGUAAAAGGUUUGUAGUUUCCUUCUUCACAGAGAAAAACAGCUGCAGUCAACAUAAAAGAAUAAAUGAUGUGCUCAUGUGAGCAGCGAAACAGGUUUUGCUUUCUGUAGUAUUUCCUUCUGUUCAGACUGGCAAUUAAAAAGAUCCCUUUCUAAAUAGAUUUCAGUGGAAGUUACUGUGACGCUUCAGCAGACCCCGAUCACACAGAAAGGGUUUUGCAGGUUACAAAAGGUGAGGUGCACCGAACACUUGCUGCGCCUUUUUAUUGCCAGGCAACCGCGCCAUUGCGUCCUUACACUAACCUUCCCGUGUAAUUGAUCCACCGUUUUCUUAUGUCACAGUAAUUAGUAUCCAAUUACUAAAAUGUUGAGGCAGAGGGCACUUGCUGUAGCUCUGGUUGAGGGUGAGAGGCUGUCACCAGGGAAACAGAGAUCUGUGUGGGUACAUGAGACCCUAAAAAAGAGGGUGGAUCAUGGGGAGUACCACCAGUUGGUCCAGGAGCUUCUCCUCAUUUCCGGGCAUAUUUUAGGAUGACUCGGGGGCAGUUUGACAACCUGCUGUCUGUUGUCGGGCCGUAUAGCUGCUACCACCAGUUUCUCCUCCAUUGUUGACCACCACAGAAGGCCCGCCUCUCAAAAGAUCCGAUUGGACAAUGGGGAAAAAAGAUGACGAAAAAGAGGUGACAUAAGGCGCUUUUCCGCUGUGUUGAAAUUUUUCAGCUUGAGGAGGUGAAUUACAGGUCUUCAAUAAAUAGGUUCCUGGAGCGCAGAUACAUGAGGUGUGUAGUAACGCAGAAACCGUGAGCAAAAAGGUUAAUUUUCAUUAACAAACAAUCACAAAAAGCCGCCUCCAACUAGACUCACAAGUCAGUGUGAGUCAGUUUAGACGCUUUGCUUAACUAAAGACUGAUGUCUUUCUCCCUGAUUUUGUGUUUAGACGGGCGGAUACAAUUUCAGAGUUUAAAAAAACUCCCUACGUUGCAGAACCAAUAGUAAAUCCGCAGGGCGGUCCUUCGGUGGCUCGCUGAACUCUUGUGACUGUAAACACAGUCCGACUGCGUUAAAAGUUUUAAACAAAGUCGCUGUAAGUCCUUCAUUUCCACAAUCUUGUGGACUGAGCACACCUUUGAUAAAACAGAGUUAAAUCUCUCGGCAUCCAUUUUCAAGCUCUCUAUGUGUUUGUGUCCUUGCGGACGAGAAAAGGGGGAGCGAACAUUUCCAGGAGGGCUUUUCUUUUUCAAAAAUGUAUGAGGCGUUGCUUUGUUGACGGCCGUUUUCUCCGGUGUGUUAAACACACUUUAGAAAGGAGUGUCCCCAGACUAUCAGAAGGCGGAGAUCUCUGAUUGUCUGGUGGCGAGACUAGCCUCAGACUGCUAAAACACUUUCUGUGUGUUGGGAGCCAUAGUCAAAUAGAGUUGGUAUAUUCCAAAGUGAUGGUCUGUUAAAUACAAAAUGUCCUCUUUGUGUCACUGCUCCUCUGCUUCAGAUCAACAAGGAACCCGCUAGGGAAUUAAAAAAGAAGGAAACUUUUGUACUAAAAACACCAUAACUUUAGAAUAUUUCCACUUGAUCUGACUCAGACAGCUGAAGCCUCAUACAAACUUCAGAACAAGGACUGUGGAUUUUGUCCAAUCUGAAAAACAGGAGGAAUCAUGUACGUGUGGGUUUUAAGACAGACUUGAAUAAGCAUGCACCUGCCUUUAACGUUGAGGAAAACAGAACAUCAGAAUCUUUUCAAACCAAUCCUGCAGUACAAUCCACCAUUUCACCGUCAACUGUGCAUUCCAAACAUACCAUUAUAUUAGCAUAAUAUUGCUAAAUAUGCAAGUUUGCAAGUUCCAGGUCUUUAAAUGGGAGAAUUCUUUUGCAUGCGUAAUGCAUUGAUUUCAGACAAAAAGGUAUUAAUUUAGAAAAAAAAAGUAUUUUUUUCCCGUGAUAACAUUCAUCAGAGUUGUGAGAUAAUAAUCUCGGUAAUUCACUAAAACAAUACAAUUUUUUUUCUGUAUUCUUCUUCUUCUUCUUUCUUUGGGUUUAGACUUUUGGUUAGACAAAAAAAAAUUACCAAUAAUUUUGAAGAUGUUGCCCUAAACUUGAGGAAAUUGUGAGGAAUUUAUGUAUUUGUAAAGAAAAUUAAUUGAUAACAUAAAUCAUAAAACCACAGUAAAAUAAUAUUUAGUGCUCAUUUUUCCAAAACUGUGACAUCACCUCUUUCUGUACAGCAUUACCUUGUGUCUUAAGUUGUAUUUUAGAGAGUGUUUGGAACAAAUGGAUCCACAGUGGGGAGGUGUUUCAUUCUGCAGGGAUGGUUUCAUAAGCUUCUAUGGACAUUUUGUAUACAGUACAAAAGUUUUACAGUCAUAUUUGAGUCUUCGGGGGAGUAUUUGAUUAGACUUGGGUUUACUUGGAAAAUAACUGGAGCCAUUCUUGUGGUGUUUUACCAAUAAUCAUAAUAAUAAGAUAAUAAACUCAAUGAUGGCUGUGAUUGACGUAUAGAAACCCCUCUUUAUCUCUUCUCCUUUUCCCUGAACUUGUAGACGUGGACUGAACGAUGUUUGAACUCAUUUUAAAUCGAUGUUCUUUUAAUGUAAAAGACUUUAACUUGAAUGAGACUCUGUCGGUCUGUCUGAGCACAUUUUCUUCCCUCCAUCAGUCGAACUGUAAAAUAACAGAGGCAAUAAUCUACUGUAACUUCUUCUUUCAUUGUUGCCUUUUCCCUCUCCUCUUCUUCCUCCUCCUGUGAUUCUACUUCCUGUCGUGCUUUAUCCAUGCAGAAUCUAUCGAACAUGAUAGCAGCUUUAGCUUUUAGUAUCUCUAUGCAACCUAGAUGGCCUUUAUGACUCACUGCUUUCAUGUGUAAAGGUCUGGAAACGCUUUACGUUUACAUUUUCACCGCAGAGCCGGCUGCGUUUCCAUCCAGGCUAAGUUUACUGAAACGUUGGGAAAAUAAAUAUUAGUAAGGUUUGUUUCUGUCAGCUGGCUGUAGCUGAUAAAUCCUGAGUGUCCAAACAUAAAAUUUACAUGGAAAAUGAAACAGAAAAAGAAAGAUUUUAUAAAUUUCGUCAAUUUCUUUUCUGAAUCAAUUCAUGUUUUGGGCUUUGUUUAAAGUUUUUGGUGGGUUUCCAAAACUUUUGACGAGGCUAAUCCCACUACGUUAAUUUUUAUUGUCAGAUACAUUUAUCUUUCCUAAACAACCCAGUCUCACUCCGAAGGCGUUGAAAGUGUACCAAACCGAACUGUACCUUAGCGUAGUGCUUGGUGGCAUAACGGAGCUGUCAGUCAAAGAGCCCGGUCUCACUCUGAAGUCGUUGAAAUCCAGCGCUUAGGCAGUGUCUUGCGGCGUCUGAAACAAACAAAAAAAUAAGGCGUCCUUUAACGUCAGUAUGAUGCGUGGCCGGUUGUGUUACAGUUUAACGGCGCUUAGUGGUGUCAGGGGGAAACUUGGCGGGACAAGAACGAUUUGGAUGGGUGGGAGCGGUGGCGGAUAGGUCCAACAAACACGGACUUUCACCCGGGAGAGUGGUGUUUGUGUCCCAGAUUUUAGACUCUGAUCUUUUUUCCUAAACCUAACCACAUGCGUUUGUUGUUGGAGGAAAAAUACCGUCAACCGCGUUGUUGCACUGACGUUAGGGAUGUUCCUGGCGACUAAUUUCCCUGUUAACUAAACAAAAAUUUUAAUUAAGACUAGGCGACUAGUCUGAAAAAAGGUAAACACUCAGAAAACGGUCAACAUUUAGCACAAUAUGUCUAACUUGUGGUGCUUUAAAGACGCCAGAAUCUGUAAUAACCUGGAUGGAAAUGUAGCUGCUGUUUCUUCCUGCUUCCUGUUUCCUUUCCUCAGUGCUGAUUUUACCUCAUCUUCUCUUUUACGUCUCGUCUCUCUGCUCCUUGUCCUCAUUUCUCCAGCUUGUUUGAGCCAUAAACACACGUUAACCUUGAAGGGAAAUAAGUUGCUGCGCUCAGCAGUGAGUUGAUUCGUGAAUAUGUAUUUUUGUGAGCAGACUGAGUUGUUCAUGUUUAUGAAGCAUGUCAGAUACUGUAGACUAAAACUAAAUAACCCAGUGUAGUUAAAAAUAUGUCAGGAAACGUGCACUGAUGUGUCGAUGAUAUUUCUGUUGUUUGUGUUUUGUUUCGAGGGUCACACAGGGGAUAUUACAACAAUAAAUGUUUAAGUUAUUAUUGACUGCUGCAUAAAGACUGAUGAAGGGUUGUGAAGCCUUUGGUCGAAGUAUUUUUGAAUCUGUUUUUUGAGUGUGUGAAGUUUUAUGUUUUUUAUCUGGUUUUUUGUUUGUUUUUGUAAAUCAUGCUGUUGAUUUGUGUCCAUGGAGCCCUGCAGGUUUUAAAGGAUCUUUAUUUUUUAAUGUGUGCACACAGAUUAUAGCGCUCCUGGCAAAGUGUUUCAGGCAGCAGGGUGUAUACAGGUUAAAUUCAAGACUUUAAGACCAGUUUGAUGCAACCUUAAAUAAAAUUUAAGACCUAACUUACGAUAGAAUACACGCCAAAAUUGAAAAUAUACUCCACAUUGAUGUCAGUUCAAAAUGAACAGUAAGGUAAAACGAUGCUGAUGAUUUCAACAUAAAUCACUAUUAAGAAUUUCAGGUAUGCACGUAUGCACGUAGAUCCUAAUUAGAGUGUGUUAAGCUAAUUUGUCAGUAAUUAUUUGGCUCACAACUAACUGAGUAAAAUCAUAUACCGGACUGUAACGUACUGAACCAAACUGUUUGGGACAAAUAGUUCCUGUUGUUAUACAACAUUUGAUGCUUACUGGAGAGCGUUAUUUACUGAUGUGUGCACACAAAUUAACAAAACAUAAAGACCCCACUACCUGCUGGGCUCUGUGGUGUGUGUAUGUAGCCACAGUAGCCGACUCGUGCAUCGGAUCACUUUAAAACUUUAAUUUAUUUGCUUGUUUUAUGCAGUUUGUUCAUUCAUACAUAAGAAGUGUACGUUUGUGUUUAGUUAAGUUUUUUUUUCUACAAUUUUGCCAAUUUUCAUUUCUGGAUUUGGAAACAUAAAUAAGAACAUGUUGACGACCCUGUCAUGAAUGAUGUUUGCCUGUUAUCAUGACCCUGUAGUGACGAGUACACUGAUCUGUAUUUACAGGACUGAGAGUGUUCUUUAUGUUGUGACACAUUUCCAUCAGCGCAGUAUGUUUUACUUGAUGUGUUUGGAGAAGAAUAUAUUGUACAGUAUUUAAGAAGAGGAACUGGACUCAACUUCUUCUCUCUUUUUGCACUUUUAAGUUAUUUUUCUUGUUUUAAAUCAUUGUUGUUGUUUUUUUCACCGCAGCCAAACCUCUUAUGCAAAUACAGGGAGUUGAUUUUCUGAUUUUGAUCCUCCUGUCUGGUUCUGUUCAAGUUUGUCCGCUAGCCACUGAUGCCAAUAAAGACAAAUUCUUA